GCGGAGGAGAGGCGUCGCAGCAUCCAGAGAUACAAAGAAGACGGCGAGAAUGGCCGAUAUAUCUCUGUACCUCACUAACGUCAGUGUGUCCAUAGGACCGAGCAUGGACGUGCAGCAGCUUGAUGUCCACACUCAGAGCCCCAACCCGGCUCCAGGAUUUGAGAGCGUGGAGCUGGGGGAGCUGGACAGGAGAGAGGAGCAACAGCAGAGGGAGAAGGUUCCACGCAGGAUCAUCCAUUUCUCCAGCGGGGAGACCAUGGAGGAGUACAGCACCGAUGAGGAGGAGGGGGAGGACAGGGAGCCGGAGAGGAAAGACCUGCUGUCCUCCCCGGUGGAUGCGGUGAGGUCUAAACUGACCUGGGGUCCAUACUUCUGGUUUCACAUGUGGAGAGCGGCCACGUCCACCAUCUCAGCCUGUGACUACCUGGGGGAGAGGAUGGCCUCCCUCUUCGGGAUAACAUCAGCCAAAUAUCAGUACGCUAUUGAUGAAUACUACAGGAUGAAGAAGGAGAGGGAGGAAGAGAAAGAGGAAGACCGCCUGUCAGAAGAAGCGGAGCGAUCAUUUGACCAGCUGCCGUAUCAUGAAGGUGAAGACGAGCCAAUCAGCGCGACGGACCGGCCAGAGGUGGCUGCCGCUCACCAUGAUGUGACCUAUCAGAUCGAGAAUGAAAAUCGGGUGUCUUCAAGCACCAUCAGAGUCCCCGCUAUCGUCACGGCAACCUAACUGACCCUAGAUAUGGACGUUUGCGCUCCGAUGUCUGUCCGUCCGUUAAAGAAGGACCACUGUCUUGUUUCACCAAGCACCAUUUGGUUUGUGUACGACGCAGCUUUAGAUGGGCAGUGCUGCUGUAUUGUGGUUGUUUGGCGAGGACAGUAGUGGUGGAGUUAGUGUCCCUAUGCAACAGUGUAGCAACUGGUAAAAGUAGCUGCUGGAUAAUGGAGACACGUAUUUAGAUCUUUGAAUAUUUGCGUUAUGAAAAACACACAGUAUGAGUCAGAAAGUGUUUUAUUAUGUUCUAGUCUAUGUGCCAAUGAAUAGUUUUGUUCACAUUGAUAACAUUUAAAGGACAGUUUUCCAUUUUGGUCAGUUGUUACAUUAUCCAGCUAUUGUGUUAUCAGUUGCUUCAGCAGCCUCCCAAAUUUGAACGUCUGCUGUGGAGUGAAGGUUCCAUGUUGCUCCCCUGUGCCUCCGAUCGACCUGACACUGUGCCUAAAUCACCAAUACAGCCGAGUCGGUGACAGAUCUGGACAAAGUUUUUAUUUGGAAAUGAUUCCCAACUGUUUGAAGCCUUCAAAAAGCCUUUGAUUCAGUGGAGACACAUCGAGUUCUUCAAAUAGUUGGUACAUGUACAACAGCUGUUUGUCCAGAUCUUGAUCCGACUGGUGCAUUCCCGAUACACCUGGCUGCACCAAAGAGCUGGCCCUCUUAACACUCCCUCACAUGUUGAUUUGCUCUCUGUGUUUUUGUAUUAAUGCGUAUUAUGCUUGUAUUGCACUUGAUGUCUGUGUGGAAGCACUGAGCAGAUUUAGCCUUGGUUAUCAAAUCAUCUGUGGACCACCAGACUGACAUUUUGUUAAAAAAAAUAACAAUGAGAAAGGGUCUCUGUGUUCUAUGUUGCUCUCAUCCUCGGCCUUAUCAACUAUGGACAUAAGAAUGGUGGUUGUUGUGUGUAAGCCUUUGUUAAUGGAAAGGAGCAUUGUUACACUAAGUCUGUAUAAAGACAUGCAAACUUACAGUUUUAACAGUUUUUUUAGUACAAUUUUUUAUAUUUAUGUAUUUAUUUUAUCACUUAAUUUAAGCAUAUUUUCUAUUGAUUUGAUAAG